AUGACAGUCUCAUACACCCUGAAAGUAGCCAAUGCUCGCUUUGGGGGCUUCUCCAAGCUGCUUUUCCGUUGGAAAGGGAGCAUCUAUAAACUGCUUUACAAGGAGUUCCUUGUCUUCAUCUUGCUGUACGCAACCCUGAGUGUCACCUACAGGCACUUUCUGAAUGAGAAACAGAAACAUCUCUUCUCAAAAGUGGCUCAGUACUGCAACCGCUCCACUGACCUAAUCCCCCUGUCUUUCGUCCUAGGUUUCUAUGUCACACUAAUUGUGAACCGCUGGUGGGCUCAGUAUACCAGCAUCCCACUGCCGGACCAGCUGAUGUGCAUCAUCUCUAGCAACGUGCAUGGCAAGGAUGACAAAGGCCGCAUUUUGCGGCGUACUCUCAUCCGUUACGCCAACCUGUCAUCUGUACUCAUCCUGCGCUCAGUCAGCACCAGGGUGCUUAAGAGGUUCCCGACGAUGGAUCACAUAGUAGAUGCUGGUUUCAUGACACAAGAGGAGCGCAAGAUGUUUGAGAGCCUCCACUCAGACUUCAACAAAUACUGGAUCCCCUGUGUGUGGUUCACCAAUCUAGCAGCCCAGGCACGACGGGACGGGCGGAUCCGGGAUGAUGUGGCACUCCGCCUACUCAUGGACGAACUGAAUCUCUACCGCUCCAAAUGCAGCAUGCUUUUUCACUAUGACUGGAUCAGCAUUCCCCUGGUGUACACACAGGUAGUCACCAUUGCUGUCUACUCUUUCUUUGCCUUUUGUGUGAUUGGGCGCCAGUUCCUACAGCCUCUGGACUCAGAUCAAGCUGGAGACCUAGAUAUGUACGUUCCCUUGCCCACCCUCCUGCAGUUCUUCUUUUAUGCUGGCUGGCUGAAGGUGGCAGAACAGAUAAUUAAUCCCUUUGGAGAGGAUGACGACGACUUUGAAACCAACAAACUGAUAGACAGGAACCUCCAGGUAUCACUGCUUUCAGUGGAUGACAUGUACCAAAAUUUACCCCCAACUGGCAAGGACAAAUACUGGAACGAAUCUACAGCGCAACCCCCCUACACAAUGGCCACAAUGGCCGAGACCUUGAAACCCUCCUUCAUGGGAUCCACCUUUGACAUGCGGAUGAGCGAUGACCCAGAACAGAACCAGCAGAUAGAUGCAUCACCCAACAUGACUAGGAUCCAGACGCCCCUGCUCAACCGCUUCCUCACUGCAGCAGCUUCCCCUGCAGUCAGCCUCAAGAAUUUUGGAAAGGGCAGCCGAAUUCACCAUCAACUACGACGCGCAAGGGCAGAAGGCACCUUUCCCGCCUCCAGCCCCAGCUUCUACCGUAGGGAAGACCCAGAGUCAGUAGGUCGUAUUGAGGAAGAGGAAACAGAGGACGAGGAGACCAGGCUUAGUGUAACUCCCACCUCUGACUCCCAUCUUGGAGUCUCCUACAAACCUAAAAACACAGGGAUACAUAGAAAGGAACUACCCCACAUUACAGUGAUGGAAGCCUCCGACGACAGCAUUAGCCUCACUGACCAGCCCUCAGGCUAGAUCCACAAUGGCAGGGCUUGCUGGGCAGGUGAGAGUCUAUGGCACUGGGUACGGGCUAAGUCAGGGAGGCAGUUUCUUAUGAAUUCAAACACAAGCUGAUUGAAGUGAAUCUUUUAUUACUUCUGUAGAACCAGACCUAUUUCUCUAUUAAGUGACAUUUUAAGGAAUUACAUGGCUAAUUCCAACAUGAAGCAGAGAGCUGAUAAGCUGUAGCUGACUGGUGUAUGGGCAGGCUAUGAGAAACAACUGAGCAGCUACUUUAUGUAUAUUUAUUACGACAUAUGCUUGAAUCUUUAUCGUGUGAUGUGAUUCUUGCAAACCUGUAAAGACCUAAAGAUAUUUGUGCAGAAAUUGUCCUCUUCUUUCAAAUAUAAGAGGUCAAGGGUAUUACUUUGACCAGAUUGCACAGGGUCAUGAUGUCAAAUUCUUUGCAUCAAACACAGGGUUAACAAAAAACCCCUGCAAAUACAUAGUUGUCCAGCUUCUAGUGGCCUUUGAGUUGGACCCUUAUACAUCAAGGCAAAUGUCUAUAUUGAUCCCUUAUGAUCAGGGUUCUCAAAGUAACUUCAGGAAAUGAUUUGCACCAGAGGAGUAAUUUCAGGCUGACAGAUCUGAACAUGGAUUCUUAAGAAUUCAAAUUAGUCUGCAUAUCCAAUGGACAUUUAAAGGAUACCACACUCUUACUCAGGGAUCCAGUUAGAUGGAGGUGUCCAUAUAAAAGGCUGAGGACACCCUUGAUUUUUGGUACACCUUAAGGCUUUGAAAUAGUUCUUGAAGCCUGAUCUAGACUGAGAUGUGGUAUUUUAUUAAAUCAGGCUGUAUGUAACUACACACACACAAACCUUGACCUAGCAUCCAAUUAUCCAGUAUGGACAGGCAUGACUGCAUCUGUACAGCCAAAAGCAAGACACCUGGGCCGAGAGUAUUAUGCUUAAACUGUGAAAUACCUCUGUAUCACCUGAAAGAACAACACAAUGACAUAUCAGUUACUAACUCACAAGUCCCCUACUUCAUUAAAAGCCUGCCGCAGUCAAAGGAGGUUUCGUAAAGCACCCUCACACUAUUACAUACACCAGCUAGAAGAAACACAAAAAUGUUAACAUAUAUGAAGAAUACUUCACUUCCUGGAGAAUGCUAACUUUAUCUGUACAAAGGCAGGGAAUUGAGACACUAGCUGAAAUCACAAACCAAUAAGCAACAGUCUUAUAAUUUACAAUUUCUUAACACCAGGCACACUUAAAUCCAUUCUGUCAUGUGUUUUCAAAUGGACAAUGACCGUAUACCAAAUUUUACUUACACUCACUCGAUGCCCUUAGGUGUGUAUUCCAAAAUUAGAAUAUAACAAAGUUAGAAAAUGGAGAGUUGUUCCCAGCUUUCGAAAGAACCAAACCUUUGGGAAAGAGGUCAGGCCCUUCUGCUAGAAGGGAUUUCAUCUGGCACUGGAAUGAUACUGGAAGGUCAACAGAAGACAACCCAGUCACUUAGCAGUGCGUCAACAGGUGUGCUGAAGCAAUGAAGCAUCAUCAGGUAAAACCGGCAAUUUACUGCAUCUAAUUUUGGUAGGUCACAAGCAAAUAACUGCUGCAAGCCCACUAAUACUUUUUUUGGUUCCCUUACUACCCCAAAAUCAAACCAUUAGAAAUAUGCUUUACGCACUUGAAGAGAGGUCUAGGUCCUCUGCAAAUCUGCAGACUGUACAAACCCAGAAGGGGCAGGAUAUCCCCCAAAUGACACUUCCAAGCUUACAUGACUUUCCAGCAGGAGCUGAGCACAAACUGCAUAUGACAUGCUCAUGUGGGUGAUUAAGAUAUCACAUACCAGGAAGCAAAGAGACUUCCUCAUACAACUUUGCAAUUCUGAGUUUUAAGGUUGGGGCAAUUCAAGAAGUGAACAGUAAAGAAACACCUGCACAUCAGUUAUAACUCCAUACAUGCGCAUGAAAUUUAUAAAAAUCCCAAGUUAUAAUGCCUUGAAAUUAUUAAUUUCUUUAACAUAUUAUUCUGUACAAACCACAUCUAGCUCCUGGGGAUCACCACUUCUAGCCCCUUCCUGCACAGGCUCUGGCACAGCACACAAGCACGCUACGGUUUGCUCUGCAAGGAAGACACAUCAGCGUAGUGCUGAAACAAGCUCAGAAACGCUUCUGAGUCAGCAGAUGACAUCACUGUUCAGGGACAAGAUCAAAAACUCAAACCCUCUUCCA